AUGCAAAGGAGGAAAGAAAGUCACAGGAAAACGAAGUCACAGGAAGACGAAGUCACAGGAAGACGAAGUCACAGGAAGACGAAAGUCACAGGAAGACGAAAGUCACAGGAAGACGAAAGUCACAGGAAGACGAAAGUCACAGGAAGACGAAAGUCACAGGAAGACGAAGGUCACAGGAAGACGGAGGUCACAGGAAGACGAAAGUCACAAGAAGACGAAAGUCACAGGAAGACGAAAGUCACAGGAAGACGAAAGUCACAGGAAGACGAAAGUCACAGGAAGACGAAAGUCACAGGAAGACGAAAGUCACUGGAAGACGAAAGUCACAGGAAGACGAAAGUCACAGGAAGACGAAAGUCACAGGAAGACGAAGUCACAGGAAGACGAAGUCACAGGAAGACGAAGUCACAAGAAGACGAAAACAAAGGUGUUCCAACCUUAAUUCCUCAAAUCUUUCUUCGCUUCAAUGUUAGGACAGUGGACGAGGUGAAGGAUUCCCCAGUUCUAAUGGUGGUAUCAAUAGGUAGAAGAAGAAAUAUAUGCUAUAGACGAAGUAUUGAUUGGAAAGUUCAGAGGGUUUACCGAUCGGAGUCCGUCCGAUGCGGAUUUAAUGGCGGCGAUGAUGAGAUAAAACCAGCGGGAGCUUCCGAAUUCCAUGAGGUUGGAGGAUACAAUUCAUUUAUGAAGAAUGUUGAUGUCGAUGAAGAUCAUAUGGUGAAAAUGGCAAAAACUGUGUGUUGUCGUGAUGAACACAUGGCUUGA